UCUUCGAUUCUUCGAUGUCUUUUAAUUUUUUAUCACCUAAUUUGUUCACGAAAUUUAGGAAAGAGCAUUGAAAAGCAGUGAUGCAUCUUGACGCAGUGGGCUUAACAGGGAUCACAAGAUCACAGAACAAAAUUCGUGCUUUUAACCAAAUGAAACGAUCAAACAAACUCCCUAGGGAAAGGUCCUGACUUAUUAAUCUUCAUGUUUUCAUGCUUCAGAAGCCGGCUAUUAUCAUUGGACUUCAACUCACCGGUGUUAAAUGGAUGUUGUUGUUUUUCGCCUCUGUGAUAAAGCACCCGACAUUCUGAGAGAAGUGUGCUUAGAGCGUGGCUGGGAAGAGUGUAACGAAGAUCAUCUCGAAGAAAGUGGGGACUGGAAUUUGUGGUGGAAAACUCAAGGUUUCACAACCAGUGAAUACAAAAACUGUCGACCUUGGCAGCGUCUAAAUCACUUUCCAAAAUCAACAAAGAUCACGAAAAAAGAUGGCUUAGCAAGAAACCUUAGACGAAUGAAAACGUCCUAUGGAGGUUCUAUUUUUGAUUUUUUUCCUCGCACGUUUAUUUUGCCAAAUGAGUAUAAAAAGUUUGUUUCAGAAUUUUCCAAAGAAGAUGGCGAUAAGAGAUCAAAUUACUGGAUUUGCAAACCGACGGAGCAGUCAUGUGGAAGAGGAAUCUUUAUUUUCAAGGAUCUUCAUGAUUUGACUUAUGACUGUGCUGUGGUUGUUCAAAAAUAUGUGAUCAAACCUUUUCUUAUUUCGGGUUACAAGUUUGAUCUACGUUUGUAUGCCAUUGUUACAUCAUUUCACCCUUUCCAGCUCUACAUUUACCAUGAGGGUAUUGUGAGAUUCAGCACUGAAAAAUUUGAUCUUUCUUCACUUGACAAUCAUUUUUCACAUCUGACGAACACCACUAUUAACAAAUCUGGUCCACAGUAUUCCACAGAAAAGGAAAGUAUUGGGGUUGGUUGUAAAUGGACCCUUAGCCAAUUCCGUCUCUACCUGCACAAACACAACAUAGAUGAUCGUGUACUGUGGCAUCGAAUCACAUCAAUUAUCAUAAUCACUCUGUUAUCCCAAGUCCGAGACGUACCCAGUGAUUCUUACAACUGCUUUGAGUUGUUUGGCUUUGAUGUUCUUAUUGAUGAAAAGCUGAAACCAUGGUUGCUGGAGGUCAAUUUUUCCCCUGCUCUAGGCAAUGAUUGCACUCAAGAUGAGCUGGUCAAGAGACCACUGCUAAAUGACAUUCUCGAAAUUGUGGACUUUUCUGAAGCUGACAUCAAACGGGGCAGAAAAGAAAAGGAGACCACAGCUACUAGGAGAAAAUCUAGAGGUGUAGUCCACAGUGUUCCAAGGAGUAAUUUAAAAAGUUAUAACUCAAACAUGAAUGACAUAAUAUGUAGAAAAAAUUCCAAGAUUUCACUGGCUCUUUCUCAAGCACAAGAGGAAACUGAAUGUAGGGAUGUUAAAGAGUCUGGCAAGAAUCAUGUCACGCAUGUUGAGAAUACGAAGAUGAGAAGCAAAAAUCAAAAGCACAAAUGCCCUGUGUCUGGUGCAAAUACUCUUAAAACAAUAAAGUCAUACCAAGAAUGCAAAACACCAUGUUUAACGCACACUCUUUGUAGUAAUAAGAAACUUAGCAGUUCAGAAGAGUUUAUUAAAGCUGCAUCAAGUGAUGAUUGUGAUGGCCAGACCAGCUCAGGUUAUGACAAAAUUAAUAUUACUCUUAGUUGUGCUUCUCAAUCUGAUUUCAAAAGCAAUUCUGGUUAUGUAUUAGAAGCAGAGAAUGAGAACAGUCAGUCACUUUGUCUGGAGGAAAUGGAGGAAGGUGAAAAGGGUCAGGGAAAGGCACACACAGGAAGGGCUUUAGAAUUAGCAAGACCACAAAGUGUAAUUAAAGGCAAAGCUUUGGAUCCAUCUUCUGGGUUUUCAAGGCCAAAAAGAAGUGAACUGCCACCUCACUGUUACCUGCGACGCUAUAACUCAGAAGCAUCAUUGCUGAAUGGUAUUCAGCACUCAGGCAACUUGCAUCACUCAACCUCAAAAUACUUCCCACGGGUUGCAACUGCUGUUAGGUCUGCUCACAAGACUAGCUGUUCCUUAAAGCCUCGAAUUGGCAACUGCAUUCUUGCUUUCCCCUUCAGUGAGGCAACACUCAAAGCCAGUCAAGGAACUAUGGACCUAAAGAUUGUAAUUGAAGAGAUAAGAAAAAUUUUGAGACUAGUAAGGAAUCAUGUCAAGUCAUCACCGUCAGAGCUUAGUGAUGAUGGUAGUAAUUCUCUGGACCUUUUGAAACCAUUUUGGGGAUAUAGGUCAAUGGUGAAUACAUUUUAUAGCUCUUUGGAGCCAUAAAAUGACUUUGUAAUAAUCUAGUUACAGUGCAACAACAGAUUCCCAAUUUUUCCUGGCUACCUAAACACUUCGGUUAUGUCAAUCCCUUCUGGUUUAUCCCCAUAUUUCCACACAAUUCUCUUUCUUUUGAAGAAAACUGAGUUGUCAGCAAUGUGGAAAUUUUUAUUUGUUUGUAACUGAAGUGUUUGUAGAGUUGGUCAAAGCUAACAAUACUUCCACGUUAUACGUCAAACAAUAUUUUCUAUCAUCAAGGAACUGGGCAUCUGUUUGGUAAGUCUGAUGAGUAAAAGCUGUCAAAAUUUCUUCUUUCCUGUAUCUUUUCUUAACAAAAUCAGUGAUGUUUUCACUGUGCUCUAAACACUUCCCUGUUAUUUCAGUAUCUGCCUGCAGUUCACCUUAUUUUUUCUGUCAUGUAAGUUACCGGUACAUGGUCACAAAAAUGAACAAGAUGGG